AUGGAGGGAAGUAGCAACCAGCAUUCUCGGAACCAACCCAAAGUCUUGUGUUUUGGAACAAUUAAUUUUAGUGAUUAUCAGGGACUUGAAGUGCCUGCAGGUUCCAAUAAUACUGAUUCUUUGAGCCAAGAGGUUCAGAACUCAGCUAUGAAAGAUCCGGUACAUGGAAAGAAGCUGAAUGCCGAAGGAGGUCCUAUGGUUUUGAAAGAUGGAGAGCAUGGGAACCAGAAGUACCCCAUAAGGCCAGAGGUGGAUAAUUGCUUCUAUUUUAUGUAUUAUGGUCGGUGCAAGUUUGGAUUAAAUUGCAGAUAUAACCAUCCAUACGAUCAGGUGGCCCAGUAUCUAACACCUGAAGCCUCUCUGGAUGAAACUGUCGUGGCUCCGGCUUUCGAAUUUAAUAUUCCUGGCAUGGCAAUUCAACAGGGAAUGAAUGAAUAUUAUCCUCACUACAUAUAUAAUGGUUCAAGCAAUUAUGGUUUUAAUGGUUGGUUUGAUCAAUCGGAACCAUCUCCCAUGGAAGGAGGAUUCCCUCUUUCUGGAUAUGUACCUAUGGAAGAUACUAUGCCAAGCUGGUCAUUUGGACCAACAGUAAACGAAAUUGGUCAGGUUGACCCCUACAUGUAUCAAGCAGCUCCAAUUUCUCCUUACUCUGAAUGGAGUGGAAAUCAUGUAUCUAAUUAG